UACUUUCCUUUUUAACGCCACUUCGGAUGCUCUAUUUCGGGGAUCGUGAAAACCUUUAGGGUUCCGGAGCUUUUUGGAUAUCUUCUCUCCCAUAGUACUGGUUUUAAUCAAUUUUGUACAUUUUGGGCCCUGAAGAACCUGAAAUUUUAGGGUUUUUUCUUUCCCAUUGUUUGAUCUUUCUCAUAUCAGGUUUAUAUAAUCUGCUAUUAGUUUUCUUGUUUCUUAAGAAGCUUGGUUUUGGUAGACUCAGCUCAAAUCUUCUGUAGAACCAUUAGUGAACGCCAUUACUAUCUGAGAUGGGAAGCAAACCAGCAUUGACGACUGAGGCUAUUGCUCUUACAGAGAAGAAGAUGGACAUGAGCUUAGAUGAUAUCAUCAAGAUGUCCAAGAAGCCAGCAGUUAAAAGGCCUCGAGGCCCUAUCAAGAACCGGGGUUUUCCUUCAAGUGCUUCCUCACAAGCAAAGGGCUCUAAUGCUCUCUUCAUGCAAUCACGGUCUUCUGCGCUUCGACAGGGAUUACUUGCUGAGAAGAGGACGAAUUUCAAAAACCAGCAGUUCUCAUAUGCUAAGGAAGCUGCCAGGAAAUCUUCUAUGACUCCCGUCCGUACCAGGGUUAACUGGAACAAGAUGAGGAUUGCACCUCAACUGAACCAGAGGACUGCAUCUGAGGGCUUUUCUGCAAACAAGGAAAGAGGUGUGCAGAAGCAGAAGCCCAAGACCCUAGAUUCACUGUUUGCAGGGAUGAAGGAGCAGAGGAUGAAGAAAUUUAGGGCCACGCAACAGCAGAUUAGAGGGGGUGGCAGACAGAGGCUCACCUUCCCAGUCACCCAAAGGCAGCAGCAGCAGCGCCAACAAAGCAAUGGUGGCUUUCGACCUUUCAAACUUCCACAAACCAUGAUGUAUAUUUGUUAUAUAUAAUCAUGGAAAGAAAAGAAGGCUCUCCCCCAAAUAGGACAAACUCAGUAGUUACAUCUUCCAGUCGACAUGGGGUAUUUUUUUAAUCCUCUUAUCUCUCUGCUUUGCUGAAAACUGGGUUAGUGGGGGUGAAGGAUUGGAAUGUGGCUGGAUUUUGAUUGGAAGGCACACUCGAAGCUGGUCUUCUUUUGGAAAGGAGUAUUGGGAUUCACAUGUUUUUUUUGUUCGUUAUAACGGACCCAAAUAAUGGGGAUAAGGUUUGGAUGAUGAUGAUGAUACUUUUGGUUAUAUGGUGACUCUACUUUAGAAUUGUAAUUGUUGAGUAUGUGGUGGGCUGAUUUCGGUCAAUUGUAGUUGUUUGUCCUUCUCUUGGUUGCUCCCUCAAAGUGGAGGCUUUUUAAUGGAUCAACUUUCAUUUCAUUAC